GAUCUGUUCUAUCUAUUUCAUGAUUGAUACCCUUUUUUGGAUUCUCAUCCCGUCUUGUACCCACUAGUUAAAAGGCAACAAAUUUACCGCGAAAAAGAAAGUUUGGCUUCUUGGUAGAGAAUUAUGGCUAGAAUCUCUCUUCUUAUUUAUGAAACGGACGCACGGGAACUAAAUCAUUAGAAAUUUCGAGCCAUUGAAUUCAUCAUUUGUAUUUUCCCGAGAAAGUUUUGACUAAUCUGAUAUCGUAUAUCGUAUAUUUAUUUAUCUCUUGCUUCUUUUGUACUUUAUAUGUUGAUAUUGGAUUUGUUAACGGGGGUUGAAAUGGAAGGUGGAGGAGGAGGGAUCAGGCGGAGGGUUACCUUAUUGGAUCAGAUGUCGGCGGUAGAUAAUAGCCGCGGCUCGCUGGCUGGCUUGACGUUGGACGACGUCUUGGGCACCGAGAAGAACCUGGCCGUGGUGCCUCGGAACCAUGUGAGCCGGACCCUGUUCGAUAUUAUCCGGGAAGAGCAGCCCAGCUUCAAGGACGGUCACAGGGAUAAGAAAACAUGGAAGACUUUCAGAGAGAAGCUCCGCCUCAAGCGCGCCGGCGCCGCCUGGACCUCCUCCGUCCAUAUACCGGCUUCAGAUAUACCUAUCCAGAAUAACAGCCACCGUUUCUCUCGUCGCGGCUCCUUCCGGUCAAACUCAAAUGCGUCGAACCAUGAAUCCCCCCACCACAGUGGAGAAUUGGCUGAGACCCUUCACACUUCCGAUCCGGUUUCUUCCUCGCGGUCUAUAAUGUUCACGCGCCGGGCGUCGACCCGGAUCGGUUCAAUCACGCCGUCCCAGACAGAGUCGAUCCACUCCGAAGAUGCCAUCGACAUCAGCAUGCCAAGUGACGCCCCUCCCUCUCGGAGUUUCAGGCCCCAGAUUUCCCGUCACAAUUCCGCCCGGCUCUCCCAAUUGAACGCCGAGCAUCAGCAGGAGGACGAUGACCAUGUGGCGCGCGAGAGAACGCGCCGACUGGGAGCGGCAUUAACGGAGGAGAAGGCGUUGUCGGCGAGGGAAGCAGUGGCUGCGCAGGAGGCAGCGGAGGCGGAGGCAGCGGCUGCGGCGGCUGCAGCGGAAGAAGAAGCAGCAGCGACGAUGGAGAUGGCUGCACCGCCGGAGCCGGAGCCGGUGAGGAUGUCGCUGAUGGACUUGCUGGAGGAGACAGACAGGCAGAUGGGUCUGGUGGGAUCGAGAUACACCAUGUCCAUGGGCGAUGAUGACUUCGAGGAAGAGGAAGAGGAUGCAGAAGAAGAGGAGGAAGGAGAGGAGGAGGGAGGGAUGGAGUACAAUUGCUGCGUGUGCAUGGUGAGGAGUAAAGGGGCGGCGUUUAUCCCGUGCGGACAUACAUUUUGCAGGCUGUGUUCGAGGGAGCUGUGGGUGCAGAGAGGGAAUUGCCCACUCUGCAAUGGCUUCAUCUUGGAAAUCUUGGAUAUCUUUUAGUUCUUCUUUUACUCAACCCAAAAUGUUGACAGGUUUAAUUUUAUUUCUCUUCCAUCAUUACAUGUAUUGUGGAGUGAAGGAAUUACGCGAAGAUGUUUUUCUUCAACUUUUUAAAGUUUCAA